GCAAUGGGGACAGCGCUGCCUUACAGCCAUGGCCACCACAGCAAGUGCCAUUACCAGCACUGAGGGUUCAGAGUUGUCUUCGUUGUCACAGAACAUCAAUAAUGCUGCUGACAUCUCUGUCAUUGUCAUCUAUUUUAUGGUGGUGAUGGCUGUUGGAGUGUGGGCAAUGGUGAAGACGAACCGGAGCACUGUUGGAGGCUUCUUCCUGGCGGGUCGAGCUAUGACUUGGUGGCCAAUGGGCGCCUCUCUGUUUGCCAGCAACAUUGGCAGUGGCCACUUCGUGGGCCUGGCUGGCACAGGUGCAGCCGCAGGAAUCGCCGUUACAGCAUUUGAAUCCCACUCGUUUCUCUUGCUGCUGAUUCUGGGGUGGUUUUUUGUCCCCAUCUACAUCAAGGCAGGGGUGACGACCAUGCCAGAAUAUCUCAGGAAGCGGUUUGGUGGGAAGAGACUCCAGAUCUAUCUCUCCGUCCUCUCCCUCUUCAUCUGUGUGGCGUUGUCAAUCUCGGCAAACAUCUUCUCCGGCGCCAUAUUCAUCAAGCUGGCUUUCGGGCUGGACCUUUACCUGGCCAUCUUCAUCCUCCUGGCUAUCACAGCUGUUUUCACAAUCACUGGGGGCUUGGCAUCCGUGAUUUACACAGACACUCUCCAGGCCGUCGUCAUGAUUGUUGGAUCUUUCAUUCUCAUGGUAUUUGCAUUUAUUGAAGUUGGAGGCUAUGAAAAUUUUACAGAGAAGUACAUGAGCGCCAUCCCAUCUGUGGUUGAGGGGGACAACCUGACCAUCAACCCCAGGUGCUACACGCCUCAGGCAGACUCCUUCCACAUCUUCCGAGAUGCUGUCACUGGAGACAUCCCAUGGCCAGGGACUGCGUUUGGGAUGGUUAUUACAGCUAUGUGGUACUGGUGCACAGACCAGGUCAUUGUGCAGCGCUGCCUGUGUGGCAAGAACAUGUCCCACGUGAAGGCCGCCUGCAUAGCGUGUGGGUACCUGAAGCUGCUGCCCUUGUUCUUCAUGGUGAUGCCAGGGAUGAUCAGCCGCAUCCUGUACACAGAUAUGGUGGCCUGUGUUGUGCCUUCUGAGUGUGUAAAGCAGUGUGGUGUUGAUGUCGGCUGCACCAACUAUGCCUACCCCACACUGGUGCUGAAGCUGAUGCCCAUGGGACUGCGAGGCCUGAUGCUGUCAGCCAUGGUGGCUUCUCUCAUGAGCUCCCUGACCUCCAUCUUCAACAGUGCCAGCACCCUCUUCACCAUGGACCUCUACACCAAGAUGAGGAAGAAGGCAUCAGAGAGAGAGCUCCUGAUAGCUGGACGGUUGUUUGUCUCUGUGCUAAUUGUCACCAGCAUCUUGUGGGUCCCGAUAGUAGAAGUAUCUCAAGGUGGACAGCUGGUCCACUACACAGAGUCUAUUUCUAGCUACCUUGGGCCUCCCAUUGCAGCUGUCUUCCUGCUCGCCAUCUUCUGUAAAAGGGUCAAUGAACAGGGAGCGUUCUGGGGUCUGAUGGUUGGACUCGUGAUGGGCCUUAUCCGCAUGAUCGCAGAGUUUUCCUAUGGGACGGGGAGCUGCCUGGCGGCCAGUAGCUGCCCCAAGAUCAUCUGUGGAGUGCACUAUCUGUAUUACGCCAUCAUCCUCUUCUCUGUGUCUGCAUUGGUUAUCCUGGGAGUUUCUUUCCUAACAAACCCCAUUCCCGAUGUACAUCUGUAUCGCCUGUGCUGGACUCUUCGGAACAGCAAGGAGGAAAGAAUUGAUUUGGAUGCAGAAGAAAAUGAGGAGAAAGGAGCUGAUGAUGGGCGUGAAGGAGACCAAACUGAAAAGCCUCAUGGAUGUCUCAAGAGGACUUGUGACUUAUUCUGUGGUUUGCAAAAUACAGAGCCCAAGCUGACGAAAGAGGAGGAAGAAGCUCUGAAGAAGCAGCUGGAAGACACUUCAGAGGAUCCCUUCUGGAGGACAGUAGUGAACACCAAUGUCAUUGUCCUCCUGGCUGUGGCAGUGUUUUUCUAUGGCUAUUUUGCCUGAACACUAUCUCAUCCACAACAAUAUUGGUUAAGCAAAGGAUCACUGUGUGCAUUUUCAUUUUACAGUUUAUUAUCUUGCAAAGGGGCAUUUGCAACUGGUAAUUUUAUCUAAUAAGGUGACGUCAGACUUGAUUUUUGUUGUCACUCCUUGUAAACAAAAUAGUUUACAAUUUAUAA